CGGCUCGGUGUCGGGCGCCGGAAGGUCCGCCCCCGCCGCCGGUGCGUUCUGUAUGGCCGCCUCCAAUGGCGGGCCGGGCCCCGCCCCGCGGCGAUCAGCUGAGGGCGGCAAUGUCUGGUGACAGGAGCCGCCUCGGCCGCCGCGCUGGGUAUGUGAAUCCAAAUGGAGCGCUCGGAAGGAGGCGAGCAGAGCAAGCAGCAGCAGCAGCCCUGGGGGAAGCUGAUCCGGCUGGGUGCUGAUGAGGCAGAGCCGCACGUCCUGCUGCUGAAAAGAGAAUGGACGAUUGGUCGGAAGAAAGGUUGUGACUUAUCUUUCCCUGGAAACAAGUUGGUGUCUGGAGAUCACUGUAAAAUCAUAGUGGAUGAAGAAUCUGGUCAAGUGUCAUUGGAAGAUACAAGUACUAAUGGAACAGUAAUUAAUAAACUGAAAGUGGUUAAGAAGCAGACAUACCCUUUACAGACUGGAGAUGUGAUCUAUGUUGUUUACAGAAAAAAUGAGCCAGAGAACAAUGUUGCGUAUCUUUAUGAAUCCUUAAACACAAAACAGGAUGCAACUCAAGAAACAGUAGAAGCUAAUGUAGAAAACCAAUGCCAUGUGACCAAAGAUACCUCAAGUACAGGAAGAAGUAAUGAUGAGACCCAAAUUACCUCAUCACCAUCAGCUACUCAGUCUUGCUAUGAGGAACCACAGCCAUCUACUUCUACAUCUAACCUCUUUAAUGCUUCUUCUACCUCUCUUAUUGAGUCUGCAUCUGAGCAGGAUAAUCCAUCUACAUCUGGAUCGCAAUCCUCAGUUUUCACUCCUGUGCCUGCUUUCCCAAUCUUAGAAUCUGUGUGUCUAAGAGCACUGCAUGAUGAACAUGAGAAGCUUGAUGAUAAUACUGAAACUUCUGCAAUUGCUUCAGAAAUCAAUGACAAAGAAAAAGCAGAAUCAGAUGCUCAAACAACAGGGGAGGAGGAAGUUUUGGAACCUGCUAAGAAGAAACUAAAAGAAGAUGAAGAUUCCUGUCCAAAUGUUCCAGCAGCAGCUCCAAGUGAAUGUAUAAUUAAAAUUGGCUCUGAAGAUGCAAAAACAUCAAAUGUGAAACCAGAUAAAAUGGAAGAAACAUUAACUUGCAUUAUCUGCCAAGAGCUGCUGCAUGACUGUGUAAGCUUGCAGCCUUGUAUGCAUACUUUCUGUGCUGCCUGCUACUCUGGGUGGAUGGAGAGAUCUUCUUUAUGUCCAACGUGUCGUUGUCCAGUAGAACGUAUUUGUAAAAAUCAUAUAUUGAACAACUUGGUUGAAGCUUAUCUAAUUCAGCAUCCAGAUAAAUGUCGUAAUGAAGAUGAUGUACGUAGCAUGGAUGCUCGAAACAAAAUUACUCAAGACAUGUUGCAACCUAAGGUGCGGAGAUCUUUUUCAGAUGAGGAAGGAAGUUCUGAAGAUUUACUGGAAUUGUCAGAUGUAGAUAGUGAAUCUUCAGAUAUCAGUCAACCAUAUAUAGUAUGCAGACAGUGCCCAGGAUAUCGAAGACACUCUGUUCCAACUCUGCCUGGCACAGGCCAAGAGACAGAAGCAGGAGGAAUACAAGCACUGGGAGAUGCACCCUCUACAUCUGCCAACUUCCCUGCAGCUGUCCAGGAAUAUGUGUGUCCUGCUCAAGGAAGUCACGUAAUAUGUACCUGCUGCUUUCAGCCAAUGCCUGACCGAAGAGCAGAGCGUGAACAGAAUCCUCAUGUUGCUCCUCAGCAAUGUACAGUUUGUCUGCAACCCUUCUGUCACUUAUACUGGGGCUGCACUCGGAUGGCAUGUUUUGGCUGUUUGGCACCAUUCUGUGAAAUAAAUCUUGGUGACAAGUGUUUAGAUGGAGUCCUAAAUAACAACCACUAUGAGUCAGAUAUCCUAAAGGAUUACCUGGCAUCCAGGGGUUUGACUUGGAAAAAUAUGUUAAAUGAAAGUCUGUUAGCUCUUCAAAGAGGAGUUUUUAUGUUGUCAGAUUACAGAAUUACUGGGAACACAGUGCUUUGCUACUGUUGUGGCCUUCGCAGCUUUCGAGAACUUGCCUACCAGUACAGGCAGAAUAUUCCUGUUGCUGAGUUGCCAGUGACUGUCACGUCACGUCCUGAUUGCUACUGGGGGCGCAACUGUCGAACUCAGGUCAAAGCACAUCAUGCCAUGAAAUUCAAUCACAUUUGUGAACAAACACGAUUCAAGAACUGAAUGCUUGUAGUCUGUAGAGAGGGGACAAAAACUUGUUAUACUGCUUGUACAGUUUAAGGUUUCAGGGGAUCUUCUCAGUUCUCCCAGUAGCAGGGAAUCAAUAACUUUUGCAUCAGGUAAUCUGGUGUGAACUUUUUAAUUUGUAGAAUUUUACAGCUGUAUAUGAAUAAGGUAGAUUUUUUUCCAAGAAAGUCAGCAAGCAUUGCAUUCCAUCCUCAUGACUACAGUGUCCCUGUAUCACUUCAGUGAAGAACACAUACAGAAAUCACACACAAAAGCCAGCCAUAUCUUGGGAAGACCUAAGAAUAAGGAGUGUAUUUGCACUACUUGUGAAGAAACUAAGUAAAAUCCUUAGACUUAAAUAGAAAUGUUU